AUGCAAAUCGGACGAUCAAAGACUCAUUUUCAACAACUUAAUGCUGAACUUCGAUCAGCCGGUAAUUCAUCCUCUUUCUUCACAGGAGGUCCACCACCUUCUUAUCGUUCUUCAACGAAUGCUGAUGACAGCGCUACACUCAGUAGUACAGAAUCAUCCAGCGUCCCAGCAACGACAUGUUCUAUCAAACGACGUAAUUCUUGGAUAAAUUUAAUCGAAAAUAAUGAAAAUUUGUACGGAAAAGAUGUACCACAUUCUAUAGAAUCAUUGUGUGCAUCAGCUGUAGCAACGACAGUUAUACCAACACGUAACGCUAAUAAUGUGAUGUCUCCCUACCGCACAUGGAUUGAAAAUACAUACGGUAAUAAUUAUCACUUCCUGGAAAAGUACAAUUUAAAUGGACGAUAUGCGAAGUAUUUUACACCCUUCUACGUGUUAAAUUCAACCGGCGAUCCGAUUGCUAUAUCCAAAUUGAAGUUAACUAAUUAUGAUUCACAAUGUAAAUUUAAUGGUACAAGAGAAAGGUCACCAGCAGGUUUUUCAAAACGCGACCGGAUGAUUGAAUUGAAGCACUGGUUUCGAGAGCCGAAAAAUAAAUCUUACGUGUUUACAUUAUUGUUUUUGUUUAUUGCGUGCUGCAUUAUAGCUGUCAUCUCAUUUCUCAGCAUGGGACUUGCGCAAGAGUCGCGAAAUUUUUCUUGGAUGCCACCUCUCAUAUUUCGUAACCAGCAAGGAAAUUCGACUGUAAUCAAAAUGUAUCAAAAUAAUCGUCAAGUUAGAUUCGAAAUAUUGGGGAAUUUACCAAUUAAGAACAACUAUAUUGCUAUAUACGAUUUUAAAAUGAGAAGAAUAGCAAUAAUUGAUUCAACUCUAAAAGACAGUAACAAAAAUUUGGUUUGUUUUGUGAUGAACAUGAAUGUGUCAACGAUGCCCGAUAAGUAUUCUCUUGAAAUUGGUGCGCAAAAUGCUCUUAAGCGUAAGGAACAAAUCUAUGGAUGGGAAGAAGUGUGGAAUUUCUUGCCUGGUUCAUAUUUCGGUAAUUCGUCGGCACUUUUUGAUCCCUCCAUUCCUGAAUGUGAUGGCGUACGGUGGAUCUUGCUUAAUUAUACUAAAUCCGAUCAGAGAGGAAAGAGAUGUAGCGAUUGUUAUGAUUUCUGUUUACCGGAGCUCGGUAUUGAAAGGGAUUAUUUGAGAGCGGAAAUAUUUUUAAAUAUCAUACGUCGUAAUUGCUUUUAUCUUUUCGUACCGGAGUGGCGCUUCUUUGCAGCAGCAUAUAAUGACAAAGAGAAUGAGUAUAAUUCCGAAAAACUUUAUUACGAAGGCCGGAAUGAUAUAAAUAAUGGCAACAAUAACAGGAGCAUCAAUAGCAAUGAUGGCCGUAAUUAUGAGAAUCAUCUUAAUGAAAUACAAAGUACUAUUGAUGAAAUUGUACAGCCGGUCACAGAUCAACAACAAAAUUUCGAAUCGAAAUGGAUUUCUCUGCAGGAAAUACCGCAACAAAUUUCAAACUUAGCCGUGGAUCAAAUGAGCAAUACUGCAUCAAAUGUACGGAAUAUUCCAUCAAAUGCUCAAAGUAUUUUUGGGAAUAGAAAAUAUCAGCAGCAGCAGCAACAACUAAUGAUGGGAAAUGGUUACACUGGAAGUAUGUCACCAAGCGUUUAUAGUAAUUUCAAUUUAAACAGUAAUAGCAACAGCUUAAACAACGAUCAGGCUGGAUUUGAAAAUAGAAAUAGCGAUUUUUCGAACGAUUAUCGGAUGAAACCUCUAUUGCCAAUGCCGCCACCAAGUUAUCCGGUUCAAAUCAAUCAGAAAUCGUCUUUUGAUCACGGAAACUCCUUCACUGAAGUCCUACAACCCUAUCAAAAUUUUGGAGGUGGAAAUUUACGACAACAAAAUAGUGCCUUCGCCAAUAACAAAAGUAUUGGACAGUUCGCUUGGCCGACUAAAUACAGGGAAUAUUCGAGUGCUGGUUAUAAUGCACAAUUAUCCAGUAGUCAAAUGUUCAGUGGUGUAUCAAAUGCAGUGAGCAUCGACGGUAAAAAUAAUCAACCAAAAAGUAUUUACGAUCAAUCGAUCAUAGAUGAUGAAAGCAUUUCCAAACAAUCGAAUUAUUAUACCUCGCAGUCUGUUUACGUGAAGCCUGAGCAGAAUGAUCAGAAUAAUGGCCCAGGAAGUCAGCAAUCAAUCAAUGAUCAAGGAUGGAUUACUGUUGGUUAG